AUGCCAUCCCUGUCCCACGGACACAAUUUUCGCGGAAAUUUGCUGCCGACAGGAAACUGCUUUCGACGAGCGUGUGCUGUUGCUGGCAUGCUAUGUGGAGUUUUCUUGACCACUAGAAUUUUCACCACCAUCGAGGCAGUUCCGCGUGAUAUUUCAGCUACCAAACCAGUCCCAAUUUCUUCGCUUGAGAGUUCUCUGUGUGACCUUCCAAGUCUGCAAAUUAUUGUGCUCACGGCGAGCCGACCUGAAUCGCUCCAACGGUUGUUACUUUCCUUGGCCGCAGCUGAAUACGGCUGUGCAACAAUUGACUUGCAAAUUAAUGUCGAUAUGCCCAGCCACCAUACCGAUGAUUCUGCACGCUGUGUCGAAGUUGCAGCCGCCUUUUCAUGGACUCAUGGCAGAAAGGUAGUGCAUAGACGACUCAUACACGCGGGACUAUCCAACAGUUGGUUUGAGGUGCCCUACAUUACGGACGCUCACGAGUUCGUAGCUAUUUUUGAGGACGACAUGGAGUUCAGUAUACAUUUUUACAAGUUUUUUUCUUUACUAGUUCGUGAGAAGUCCUUCUCGUCAUCUGAUGUCUCGGCACUCUGCCUACAUCCUAACGACUGGGAAGUCCAGACUGAUUCUGCUUGCCGCAGAGAGUUUUCUUCAUUUCUGUAUUUAAGCCCGGAACCUUGCAACUGGGGUCCGAUUUGGAAAUACGACCACUGGCGACGAUAUAUUGAUUGGGUAUUUUCGAUGAAGUUGGAAGGGCAGCUGCCGUUAGUUGAAGAUUCAUUUGCCUACAACUAUAACAAGUAUCUGCUUGAGGGUAAAGAUGUCCAAUCUUCUUGGGUGUGGCGCUACAAUUUCGACUUUGGGAAGACACAGCUGCGAUAUUCUUUCACAAAGUGCAUGCGCGAUGCGCCAACAGAAAAGUAUUAUUUUGCCAUCAAUCACAAAGAACCGGGCGAGCAUUUUAAGACAAAACUCGAUCUUCAAAACAACCCGAGAUCGCUUCGAUUUGACUUUGUGGAGGUUCUUGAUAAAUUGUACUCCCGACGACACUCAUUUUUUCCAGCGCCUUUCCCUCGAUAUGCAAAAAAUGCGAAAUCCCUUCACGGUUAG